AUGGUCAUGGUUUAUGUGGACGAUAUCAUCAUCACUGGGAGUUCUCAAUUGUUCAUUGCUAACCUUAUCAAGAGUCUCAACACAAAGUUUGCACUCAAGGAUCUAGGUCAGCUGGACUAUUUCAUAUGGAUUGAGGUUACUCACUUAUCCAAUGGUUAUUUACUUCUCUCUCAAACAAAAUAUGUGAGUGACUUGAUUGCAAAAGUGAAUAUGUCUACAGCUAAUGGAAUGCCUACUCCCAUGGCCUCUAGAAAUAAACUAUCAAAAAUUGGUUAUGACAUGGUUUCAUAUCCAACUCAGUUUCGAUCUAUUGUUGGUGCCCUUCAAUAUGAUACCUUGACUAGGGUUGAGUUAUCUUUUUUUGUCAACAAAAUGUGUCAGUUUUUGUCCAAUCCUUUGGAGGAGUAUUGGAAAAUCGUGAAAAGAAUCCUUAGGUAUUUAAGCGGCACAUUUCAUUAUGGAUUACUCCUUCAACCUGCUCCUAGGCAUCAACCCUUGUCCCUUAUAGGCUUUUGUGAUGCUGACCCCGAUAAUAGGAGGUCCACCUCAGGAGCUUGUGUGUUUGUAGGUCCUAAUAUUAUAUCUUGA